AGUUUGGUGGUGGGGAGGGUUGGGGCCUGCUGCCUGCAGGUCUCUAGGAUGUAGUGCCGGGACUUUCUACCCUUCCCAGCACUGCCAAGCAGAUGAAGGACGAUGUCAUCACGUAGCUCUGGGGUGGCCUUGGAGCUCGGUUCCCAGCCCAGCUGCAGCACCCCUCUGCCACUGCAAAGAAAUUCCUUCCCGGCACUGCAUCUCCUUCCACCACGGAGCCGCUCAUUUCCCCUGCUCAGCCAGGAGGACUUCUUCGAGAGCUUCAGUGGGAGCUUCUGCGAGGUGAGCGAUGUUUUGGGGGCUGAUCUGUUGGACUGCAACUGCUCCAUCCCUGACCCGCAGCUGGUCCGGAGGAUCGUGUCCCAGGUAGAGUUCUACCUCUCUGAUGAGAACCUGGCCAAGGACGCUUUCCUCCUGAAACAUGUCCAGAAGAACAAGAUGGGCUUUGUCAGCAUCAAACUGCUGACGUCCUUCAAGAAGGUGAAAUACCUGACGCGUGACUGGCGGCUCACGCUCUAUGCCCUGCAGUUCUCGGAGCUGCUGGAGGUGAACAAGGAGGGCACCAAAGUGAGGCGGCGGGUCCCCGUCCCCGAGUCCCUGCUGAGCAUCCCCCCCAGCAAACUGCUGCUGGCCUGGGAGCUGCUGCCCCAGGAGCAGGACGUGUUGCUGCCGCUCCAGAAGAACUUCCUUGAGACCAUCACGAGGAUGUUCAGCCCCUUCGGCGCCAUCACCUCCAUCCGCAUCCUGCGGCCGGGCCGCAAGCUGCCCUCCGAUGUGCGGAAAUACACGUCGCGCUUCCCCGAGCUGCUGAGCAAGUGCUGCGCGCUGGUGGAGUACGAGAGCCUGGAGAGCGCCCGCAGGGCCUUCGAGGACCUCGGCCGCCAAAGCCGCCCGGGCGGCGAGAGCAUCAAGGUGGUCCGGCUCUGUGGGAAGGGCUCCAAGAAGAAACCUGGAGCUGAGAGGGAGGUGAUGGAGGAGCUGGUGGACACCCCAGGUUGGAAAGCACAGGCGGCGGCCGCGACCUUCUCCUAUGGCAUUGGGGACUCCCUGCUCUGCAGCUCCCUGGAGUCAGAUCAUGCCCUGGCGUCACCGCCCCUCCUCCUGCACAAGGACCCCUUGGCACCCACCUGGCCCGGUGGCGACUUCAAGCCCAGUGAUUUCAGCAGCUCCUUCACUGGAUCGCUCCUCACCAGCAAAGUCUUCCCUCCGCUUGGGACAGGCUUGGGCACCGGCAGCUGCUCCAGCUUCUGCUCCAGCACCGAGAGCCCCCGCGGCUGCGGCUGGGGGAGCGGGGCGGGUGCCUGGACACCCUGGCGCAGCAGCCCCUCUCUAGAUGCCAAACCUCCUCCCGGCAAUCCCCCAGCAGCGAAGCGGGUGCCUGAGCUCCUCAGCCUGCGGGAUGGGGUGCUCCGCCUGCCCCAUGGCCCCAAUGGUACCAAGGGCUUCUGCAGCAGCUUUGGGAGAGGAGAGCUCGUCCUCCGGCGCUGAGGCUCCUUUACGUUUGCGUUUGAGGCUUUUUCUUUUCUUUUGUUUUCCUCCUUCUCUCGAGCAGAAUAACUCUCUGUGGCUCCCGAGAGCUGUGGGCAGUGGUGGUGCAGCCGCUCCAGGGGACAGGCGUUUUGGGGCAAGGACGAUGCUCGGGGCGGGUCAGCGUGCGAGGCGGGAUGCUGAGCAGCAGCAGCAGCACCGGGAGCUGUGCCGUGCCGACACCAGUGGGACUGCGCCUGCCCAGGGUCCAGACCGGUUCCCGCCACCCCAGCGGCAUCACUGGGACUGUCCUAAGGUGGGGCUCAGCCCCCUUGACCCCCGGCGCUGGGGGACUGCCCCGACGGGGACCUCACCCUGCACCUUCUGCAAGGCAGACCCGGAAAGGUGAGGCUGCUUCCCGAAGGUGCCGUUGGCUGCAUUGGCCCCAGGUUGUGGAGCUUGGAUGGGAAAUGGGCAAUAAAGAGAGAUGAAGU